AUGUAUGAAGCUUUGCCAGGCCCUGCUCCUGAAAAUGAAGAUGGCCUUGUGAAAGUGAAAGAGGAAGAUCCCGCCUGGGAGCAGGUGUGCAAAUUACAGGAGGGCAGCUCCCACACUCAGGAGCUUUGCCGCCUGCGCUUCCGGCAGUUCUGCUUCCAGGAGGCUCCUGGGCCCCGGGAGGCUCUGACCCAACUCCGAGAACUUUGCCAUCAAUGGCUGAGGCCAGAGGUGCACACCAAGGAGCAGAUCUUAGAGCUGCUGGUGCUGGAGCAGUUCCUGACCAUCCUGCCGGAGGAGCUCCGGGCCUAUGUGCGGACGUAUACUCUAGAGAGUGGGGAGGAGGCAGUGACAACACUGGAGAAUCUAGACACAAGACGUGGAGACACAGGACAGCAGGCCUCUGUCUACAUUCAAGGACAGGACAUGCACCCAGUAGUGACAGAAUAUCAAGGAGCCUCUUUGGAGUGUCAGAGCCUCCAGCUCCUUCCUGGGGUAACCACCCUGAAGUGUGAACCGCCACAGCUCCCCCAAGAGAACACCCAAGAAGUGAGUGGGCCUGCUCCCCAGGGAGCAGCCCUUCCUCAGGAAGAAAGCCCCAGGGACAAGAUAGCAGCACGUGAGUUUAACCCAGCUGGAUCCCAGAUGUCAGUGAAGACUGAGGAAGAAGCAUCCCAGGGCCUUGCCCCAGAGGAGUGGCCACAUCUGAGUCUGGCUCAGAGGAACCCCUGCGGGAACUCAGCUCAGGAGAAGGUUACAGGCCUCAGUCUGAUGACUGAAGAAUGUGUAACUGAAGAUGAAUUGUUUAAUACAAAGCAAGAAACUUCUGAAGAAAUGGAACAAGGUGGGGAGGCCUCAGGAAUACCCAACAGAGAUAGUAUACCCCAGAUCCCUUGUAGUACUCCUGUCUCUACUGGAAGGACAGUUGUGCAUUUGAACACUCUGAAGGACCGUCACCCAGGUGACUUGUGGGCCCGGAUGCACAUCUCAUCCUUAGAAUAUGCUGCAGGCGACAUUACCCGAAAAGGGAGAAAAAAAGACAAAGCUCGGGUGACUGAACUGCUCCAAGGCCUCGCAUUUUCUGGUGAUUCGGACACGGAAGAAGACAAUGAGCCUGAGAGGCAGCCUGCUCAGAAGAAGCUAAAGGUAUCAAGUGUACCUGAGAAGAAAUGGACCAAAAGAGACAUUAAACCUGACUUUCCUAGCUGGUCAGUACUGGAUUCUGGACUUUUGAACCUCAAGAGUGAAAAGUUGAACCCAGUAGAGCUCUUUGAAUUGUUUUUUGAUGAUGAAACAUUCAACUUGAUUGUCAAUGAAACCAAUAAUUAUGCUUCUCAGAAAAAUGUCAGCUUGGAAGUCACAGUUCAGGAAAUGAGGUGUAUAUUUGGUAUCCUGCUUUUGAGUGGAUUUGUAAGGCAUCCCAGAAGGGGAAUGUAUUGGGAAACCUCUGAUGCCGGUCAGAACCUGGUUAGAAAUGCAAUUCAAAGGGACAGAUUUGAAUUGAUUUUCUCAUACCUACAUUUUGCAGAUAAUAGCCACCUAGAUCAAAAAGAUAAGUUUACAAAAUUGAGGCCUCUCAUAAAGCAAAUGAAUAAAAAUUUCCUCUUGUAUGCUCCCCUAGAAGAAUACUAUUGCUUUGAUAAGUCAAUGUGUGAAUGUUUUGAUAGUGACCAAUUCCUGAAUGGAAAGCCUAUUAGAAUUGGCUAUAAAAUUUGGUGUGGUACAACCACACGGGGUUAUCUGGUUUGGUUUGAGCCCUAUCAAGAAGAAGCAACUAUAAAGGCAGAUAAGGAUCUUGACCUUGGCUUAGGUGGAAAUCUAGUGAUGAACUUUGCUGAUGUUCUUUUAGAGAGAGGUCAGUAUCCCUAUCACCUGUGUUUUGAUAGUUUCUUUACAAGUGUCAAAUUGGUGUCAGCCUUGAAGAAGAAGGGGGUGAGGGCAACAGGAACAAUUUGUGAGAACAGGACUGAAAAAUGUCCACUUAUGAAUGCAGAACAUAUGGAAAAAAUGAAGAGGGGGUAUUUUGAUUUCCGAGUGGAAGAAAAUGAUGAGAUAAUUUUGUGUUGUUGGCAUGGUGAUGGCAUUAUCAGUCUGUGUUCCAACGCUGUGGGCAUAGAACCAGUCAAUAAGAUAAAUUGUUUUGCUGCUGAUGAAGAGAUCUCUCAGAUAAGUCAACCAUCCAUAGUGAAAUUGUAUGAUGAAUGCAGGAAAGGUGUAGCUAAAAUGGAUCAAAUUAUUGCCAAGUACAGGGUGAGGAUAAGAAGCAAGAAAUGGUACUCAAUUUUGGUGAGCUACAUGAUCGAUGUAGCCAUGAACAAUGCAUGGCAACUGCAUAGAGCCUGUAACCCGGCUGCCUCGCUAGACCUCUUAGAUUUUCGGAAAUGUGUGGCUCAUUUCUACUUGGAACAUAAUGCUAAUCUGUCAGAUUAA